AUGGCAAAGCCACAGCUUCCCAAAGCCCAGGAGCUGGGAGCCGGGCUGCUGGCACCACUCAUCUGCGGGGCGAAGGCAGAAGCCGGGGCGCAGGGUUCCCCGGCCCCGCUGAGAAGCUGCGGGACCCGGCCCUUGGCUGAGCACCAUGGGCCGUUGCGCGUCGUGGGCGGCAGCGAUGCCUCCCCGGGAGCCUGGCCCUGGAUCGUCAGCAUCCAGCAUCCCUGGGCAGUGGGCAGCGGGCACAUCUGCGGAGGCUCCCUCAUCCAUCCCCGGUGGGUCCUCACCGCAGGACACUGCUUUGACAAGUACAGGAACGUCCCGACGUGGCGCAUGGUGAUCGGGGCCACCCGGCUGUCUGCGCUGGGCCCCGAGGCCCAAGUGCGCAAGAGCAAGCGGCUGCUGAUCCACGAGAGCUACCGCAGCGACACCUCUGAGAACGACAUCGCCCUGCUGGAGCUGGACGAGCCCGUGCAGUGCAGCGACUACGUGCAGCUGGCCUGUGUGACUCACUUCUCCGACGUGGUGGUGUCGCAGCUCACAGACUGCCGCGUCGCUGGCUGGGGCUACACCACGGAAGGCUCUGCAGAAAUAUCCGACGUGCUGCAGGAGGCCAAGGUCCACCUCAUCAAUGUCAAGCUCUGCAACAGCAGAGAGUGGUACGGAGGGGCCGUGCACAGCUACAACCUGUGUGCUGGCUACCCGCGGGGCGGCAUCGACACCUGCCAGGGUGACAGCGGGGGCCCGCUUGUCUGCAGAGCUCCACACGACAACUUCUUCUGGCUCGUGGGCCUGACCAGCUGGGGGAAAGGCUGUGCCAGACCAAAGCAGCCUGGGGUCUACACCUCCACCCAGCACUUCUUCAACUGGCCGGGCGGAAGCGGGAAAACGCGCGCUCGGCACAAAAUGGCGGCCGCCUCUGUCCUCACCCAACAUGGCGGCGCCCUCACAGCACCCGCCCCCUUCACCGUUGAAAGUCCGGGUUGCUUCUGGGUUCCUAUGGAAGGAUGUGAGCCUUACAGAGUCGAUGAAAUAGAAUAUAAAAACCUGACUGCUGCAAUGAAUCAGCUCUACCACACACCUUACAAAGAUGUGGAUGAGGUAAAACCAGUCACGGUAGAAGAAGGACAGUGGAGAGCACAAGUGCUGGUGUAG